AGUAUCUUUGAGGGGUUAAUCAGUGCUGUUUGUAUUUUCUUUUGUUAUCUAUCACAGAGAGCUAUCGUUCUGCGGAGGUGUUAAAACAUAAUUAUUUUGUGCUAGUCUGUUCUGUGCUGGGGGAUUUUCUCUUGUGGUACCGAGGUGCGUGUUUGUGGUCAAAGUGGCACGAUUAAAUGGUGUUGAAAUGAAUAAUUUGUCAUCGCCUGAAGAUGAGAAUUCCUGCUGUGAGAGUGACAGUCAACUCGUGCGGAAGGGGAAACGUCGGGGGCGGAUGCUGCGUGACCCCACAAGUGGAGGAGGGAGUUCCAGCAGCAGUACGUCGGGUGUGCAGAUGACCAAUGUCGAUGGUGGUGUUGAGCAGCCCAUGGGGACAACGCCAAUGGCGUCUUACAAUGAGGAGCGAAUGCGACGGAAGUUGCAGUUCUUCUUUAUGAAUCCCAUUGAGAAGUGGCAGGCACGGCGGCGCUUCCCGUACAAGUUCUUCGUGCAAGUUGUGAAGAUUAUUCUCGUGACAAUACAGUUGUGCCUCUUUGCGCACUCACGGUACAACCACAUUAACUAUACGUGGGACAACAGGGUGACGUUCUCGCACUUGUUCCUCAUGGGAUGGGAUGAGUCGCGUGAGGUGGAAUCGUAUCCACCGAGUGUGGGACCACUGGCGCUCUAUGUGCAGCAGGAUUUCUUCAAUACCAUCGACUAUGCCAUUGAGGGGUAUCAGAAUCUGAGUCAAGCCAUUGGCCCGUAUUCGUAUCCCAAUGAGGACAACACCAUGGCCCCCAUGCAUCUCUGCCUCUAUCGCUACAAGGAGGGUACGAUUUUUGGCUUCAAUGAGAGUUACAUUUUCAACUCGGAGAUUGAUGUUUUAUGCCUCAAUCUCACGGGAAAUGUCACGGAUAUAGGGAGUGAGGCAUACCUGGCCAGUAAGGAUAUUGUCGUUAGCUUCUCAGCCCUUGUCAAGGCCACCCUGGAGAUGUCCGUGAAGACGGUGAAUUUCAAAGCAGCCGGCCCAAUUGCUCCACCGGAUUGCUAUCAAUUCAACAUUAUUAUCUUAUUUGAUAAUCGCGAUCACGACGGGCAGAUGCUCCUCUCGCUGGAUGCUGAACCCAUUCGACUCAAUUGCAAGGGGAACAUUGAGUACACGACGGAAUCUGACAUUGAUGACACCCUCAACAGCAUCCUCAACAUGUUAGUCAUCAUUGUGUGCCUUGUGUCCUUUGCCCUGUGCACGAGGGCAGUCUACAGGGCACAACUCCUCCGUGUGACCACUGUGCACUUCUUCCGGACACACUUUGGGACAGAUCUCAGCUGGGAGGGACGCCUUGAAUUCCUCAAUAUGUGGUACAUUAUGAUCAUCUGCAAUGACGUCCUGCUCAUCAUUGGAUCAGCGCUCAAGGAGCAAAUUCAACGACGACACUUUGCAGCUGAUGAGUGGAAUAUGUGCUCCCUCAUGUUGGGCAUUGGGAAUCUCCUUGUUUGGUUUGGCGUACUACGCUACCUUGGCUUCUUCAAGACCUACAACGUGGUGAUUCUCACCCUCAAGCGUGCCGCACCGAAGAUCUCUCGUUUCCUCAUCUGUGCCCUUCUCAUCUAUGCGGGAUUCACCUUCUGCGGAUGGCUCAUCCUCGGGCCGUAUCACAUCAAAUUCCGCUCCUUGGCCAUCACAUCCGAAUGCCUCUUCUCCCUCAUCAAUGGUGACGAUAUGUUUGCCACAUUCACCACAAUGUCCGGCAAAUCGAAUAUGCUCUGGUGGUUCAGUCGUAUCUACCUGUACUCUUUCAUCAGUCUCUACAUCUACGUGGUGCUCUCCCUCUUCAUAUCCGUCAUCAUGGAUGCCUACGAUACGAUCAAGAAGUACUACAAAGAGGGUUUCCCACUGAGUGAUCUCAAGAUGUUUGUUGGCACCAUCAAUCCCGAGGACUACAUUGCCGCCACGGUGACUGAAAGUGAUUCCGGAGAGUCCCUAAUUGAUCUUGUUUAUCGCUUCUGUCGAUGCCCACGACGUCCCACAGGGUCAGACGGCCCUACAGGCUACACAAGCCUCUCGCCCAAACCCUAAAAACUCCUAUACUCACCCUCUUUGUGCAACUCUAAAUUCAUACAGUAUUCCACCCAAAAUAUAAAUGAGAAAAGUUAACAUUUAUUUAAAUGCUCGCCAUUGUUCUUUUGCGCAUAAACUGUGAUGUCGUUCCAAUGUAAGUCAGUACGCAUGUGACUCAGGAGGUUGAGGGACAAAAUGAAGCAUCAUAGAAGAUUUAUUUUUUUUUUUAAAUAUUAUUUGGGGGUGUAAAUUAGUUUUUUGUGUAAAUAAUAUAAUGUAGAAAAUAAAAGAAAACAUUUAUAACAAAAUAAAAGUUGAAAAUUGUUGUUAAAAUAGAAGAGUAAAUAAAAAGUUGUUUACAGCCA